AUGCCGAUGCAAAAUCGCAGCUACGAGCUUGUUCUGGGUAGUAGCUUCCUUAAAGAUCUUCCCCCUUCGAUCAAACGAUUUCCAUAUCACGGGGUGUCAGAUUUCUUCGAUAUCUUGGAAUCCGAAUCCGCUCGUUUCGAAGUCUCCCCCCACGCAAGCGAAUCUCUCCUCUUUCAUGCCAGCAAAGAGACCAUCGACACCCUUUUCGAUCUUGAAAACGAAGACACCCCUCCCAUCGCGAAAUAUCUCACUUCAUUUGACACCAACGAACAACUCUUCUUGGACAGGAUGCCGUCAGCUCCACACGGUGGGGCGCCCUUCGCUAUGCACGGGAAUGCAGAUGUCAGAGCAGAGUCCCGAGGAAAACAGCCAGACUGCGGUUGGGUACCAAGCAAAACCACUCGUGGGGUACCUCGCUCGCCCUCCGUUACUCUCGAAGUAGCGUUCUCGGAAAAUGACUUCAAGCUAAACUCCGAUGUGCGCUUCUGGCUCAAUCCUGACGAGGGAAAAGCAAACGUAUGCUUAACACUUCAGAUCGGUCGAUCACAGCCAGAAAUUCGGAUUGAGAAGUGGGAGAAUCAGAACGACCGCAUCCACCGCUCUCAAGUGAUCUGGAUUACCAAGCGAGGAAACCAGAUCAACGUUAGUCACCAUCCUCUUGUCAUCUCGUUUGAUAGUCUGUUCUGUCGCCCAUCAUCCUGUCCACGGGAGAAAGAUGUGGAACUCUCACAGCAACAGCUGAAGGAGGUCGCGGAGAUGAUUUGGGAACACCAAUCUUGGUGA